AUGAAGUUCUCAAACACAGCCUACCUACUGGCAGCCUUGUCCGCGGCGACACAAGUCCUUGCAGAUGACGGUGACUUGGAGCCUACGCCGGUAUUGCGAGAAUUCGUCCUUCCUGAGGCUGGACAAGUCGAUCUGGUUGAUCUAUACGGCAACCACUUGGACCUUCGACAGGCCACCGAUAUCAACCAGGGCGCCACUCAAGCCGCCACGCAAGCCCCCGCCGUCACCACGUUCAUGAUGAACAAGGCCGUUGGCGCGACCGUCACAUACGCCGCCUGGGUUUAUACACAAACAUUUGCAGAGGUGCCCGAUCAGUUGCCUACACCGAUCGCAGGGAAGAUCGGUCUGGGAAAUUUGGUGAAGCAGGGCAAUGGCAAGAGAGACGCACAACCGGCAGCUGGGUCUCCUGUGGUUCUGGCGCAAGAGCAGGUCGGCGUCACUUUCUGGCAGCAGCCCAUGAAACGCGUUACGGAGAGGGUGAUCAUUCCUGUAACUGCCACGGAGGCUUCGUCGACCGGAGAGCCACCAGCGGUCACACCAAACGGCAGUCCCGCAUGGAGCCCACCCUACGUCUGGAAUACAAUGAUGGGGAAUCAGACCAACGCGACAAUGACUGGCACCGCAUCUGGAACAGCGACAGCUGGCACCGCGAGGUCCAUCUUUCCGAGUCAGAUGAACCCCGCCCAACACUUGCCUCCUUACGACGACUACGGGACCUAA